CGUGGUUAGUGAGAGACGGGAGGGGAUUAGUGAGCGGGAUUAGGUGGUAAUCGGCGGGGAGCAGCAGCGAGGAGGAGAAUGGGGGAAGCGUUGAGGCGUGCACUCGCUUCGUCGUCGGUGCGGAUUGUGUUGCGUCGCCGUUGCGGAAUCCUGUUCGAGAUGGGCGCACCGUUGUUGUAAACCCGCUUGCUCGGCUCACGCCAUGGCUGGAGUGACAGACGACACGAGCAGUGUCCCACCCCAGGGCCAGCACGGUAAUCACGUCAAUCAGCAGGAGGACAAGAAGCCCGAGGUCGUGGGGCAGCUCGGCUCUGCUAAGAUCGCUAUUUCACAAGGGCAAUCUACUGGGUCUUCCGCACCUCCGCAGCAGCAAAUUUUAGACCAGAAACCACAGAUACACGAUCAACAACAGCAGCAACCACAACAGCAGCAACAACAACAACAGCAACAACAACAAAAUCAGCACCAACAACAGCAACCGCAACAACAAGCUACCACCAAAUCAGUUCCUCCGAGCAAUAAUCCUAAUUCAGGGCCACCUCCUAACAAUGAAGGGCGGAAAAUUUCUUGUGAGGACAUUCAGCUGGUCCAGAAUCUGAUCGAACGAUGUCUUCAGUUAUACAUGAACCAAAGCGAGGUGAUUACUACGUUGCAAUAUCAAGCUAAGAUUGAACCUGGCUUUACUAGUCUUGUAUGGCAAAAGCUGGAGGAACAAAAUCCAGAGUUCUUCAAAGCUUACUAUACUCGACUGAAGCUCAAGAAGCAGAUUGUGCUGUUCAACCAUCUACUGGAGCAGCAAGUGCAGCUGAUGCACAAGAUGCGCCUUAUUACCAAAACUCCCCUCCCUAUGCAGAAUGGCAUGCACCCUGCUCCAAUGCAUCACACGCCGCUGGGAUAUCCAAUGCAAACAUCAACAACUGGUGUUGCACCUGGUCAUCCGCAUAUCCAACCCAUGGCUGUUAUGCCUCCACCAAACUCACCUCUUGUGAACGGUAGUCCUGCUAUGCCUGACAGCUACCACUCUCAUGAAAAUGAUGGAGCAAAUGGCCUCGCAGAUAUGUCGCUAGGUACUGCAUCGUCUAAUGGAAGUGACAUUUCACUCGGCUCCAUGGAAUCUACUCCUGGAGGCAUGCCUGGAGGUUCAUUUCCAUUUGCGAAUAUGGGCCCAACUGACAUGUCGGGUAUGGGGAUGGGCUUAUCAACGUCUAUGGGUAUGGAUGGUACAUUUACUUCCAACGAUCCACAUAAUCAAAAUGGGAUGGGUGGUAUACCGAUGGGUCCUCAUGACACAGAUGUCAACAGCCAUAGGGAAUCGCUUGGGUCACUUGGGCAGCUGCCCCGAAAUUUCAGUCUGUCGGAUUUGACAGCAGAGCUCACAAAUAGUGCAGGAGAUCUAGAUUUGGGUCCUCUGGGAAGCUACUCUGGAUCGCCGUUCUUGACACCUGAUACAUUUUUGCGGUCACCCGACAAAGAUGGUCUUGAUGAUAUCGACUUUGAUGAAUUGAAGACGGAUUCCAUGUAAGAGAGAAGGCCAUUUUAUCAUGUCAAGUUAUUUAUUUAUUUAUUUAUCCUGGUGUACGGCGAAGAUCUUUAUGCUUUGGGAGACUCCUGCAUUACGAACUGAGACGCAAAAAUGAUGCCUAACCUAAUACUUUGAACGGUGUCCAAGCCAUCCGUAGCUUGGUACUUGCAAUAGACAGUGAUGCCCCAGCCAAUGGGGGCAAUGUAACCGCUUUGAGGGACCAAAGUUUACCACACCAUUUUGAUGUUGGUACGAGGUCAUAUGAAAGAUUGUCGACUAUGGUAGUUCACCAUGAGUAUUUAGUGUAGGUGCGGCUUCACCAUUGGAGCACUAAGUUGCUCGAGGUAGCGGUAGUUGUUAUUGCUUGGCGAUGAACAGAUCCAAGUAUAAGGAAUGGUCAGUAUGUUGGGUGCACAUACAUUUUCAACGAAAAUCUGGAGCUGCAGCAGGUUAGAAGUAAAUACUGAACAUUCCCGCAUCGUUUCUGUACAUAUAAUUGUCUUUAUCAGGUUACAGUUUCUUUGCAUGCAUUUCAUGAACGUAGGAGUCUCGAACUACCAUUUGUUUUCUGUGCUUUACAAAUCAAUAAAGAGACAGUGGGUUUUGGUUGUAGUUGUCA